AUGCGUGCCAUCGGUAUCCCGGAUGGCAAAUACGGGCCAAUUGAGAAUUUGGAAUCUCGAGAAGUACCCCGUCUCGGUACCCCCCCGGGACGGUGGAUCAAGAUUGCUGUAAAGGCGGUUUCUGUCAACCCACUGGACAUCAAAAUACGCCAGGGCACGUACGACGACACGCCAAACUACUACAAAGUCGUACGAUCAAUCAACCCGUAUUUGGAAAACUUCCACGCCAUGGGUGGCGACAUCUCCGGCAUUGUAACCGAGCUAGGCCCAGAUGCCAGCUUGUUCAAGGUCGGUGACGAGAUCUACGGGGUUGGGAGCGCUGUGCGAUGGGGCACGUACGCCGAGGAGGCCAUCAUCGACGAGACCAAGGCUGCCAUCAAGCCCAAGAGCCUCGACUGGACGCAGGCGGCGGCUAUGCCCCUGACGUACAACACGGCCUACGAGUCCAUCGUCGAGCGCCUCGAAGUGAAGAAGGGCGAGAAGGCGGGGCUGCUGAUCAUCAACGGAGGCGGCGGCGUUGGAGCCGUGGCCAUUCAAAUCGCAAGGCACGUCCUGAAGCUGCCCGUCGUGAUUGCGACGUGUUCAAGGCCCGAGACUGCCGAGUUUGCCAAGGCCAUGGGCGCCACGCAUAUCGUGAACCACCGCGAGGACAUUGUCCCGCAGAUUGCGGCUCUCGACCUGCCCCGUGAUGUGCCGCUCCGGUAUGCCUACAUUACCAGCCGCACGGAGCAGUACAUCCAUCCGAUCGGCGAGGUGCUCGCACCCUUUGGCAAGGUCUGCAGCGUCGUGCAGGCUCACUUUGACAUGUACGGGUCAAAGUUCAUGAGCAAGUCGUUGACCUUUAGUUGGUGCUGGCUAGGAACCGAGCCCUUUUACCGUCACUACACUUCCAUGGCCUCGACAGCCGGGUGGUCGUACCCGGAAAUGCACCACGAGUGGUUGACGGAGCUGGCCAGGCUGAUUGACGAGGGGGUGGUGAAGCCUCACCUGACAAGGAGAGCGAAACUCACACUGGAGGGCAUCAAAGAGGCGCACCGGUUCAUUGAGUCAGGCACAGCGAUCGGCAAGAUGGCCCUGGGCGUAGAUGACGAAGGCGAAGGCGAGGCAUUUCACUAG